AUGAAGGCGUACCCGGCCGGCAACAUCGACUUGCCGGUCACGUUCGGCAAUAGAGCCAACUACUGCACCGAGAUCCUCACGUUCAAGGUGGUAGAUUGGAAGGGGGCGUACCACGCCAUUCUCGAGCGCCCCGCCUACGCUAAGUUCAUGGCGAUGCCCAACUACACCUACCUCAAGCUCAAGCUGCCGGGCCCAAACGGAGCCAUCACAGUGAGCGGCUCCUUCGAGCAGGCCUACGUCAGCAGCCGCGAGUGCUUCAACCUCGCCACCACAGCGGCGAACUCGACAGAGCUUGACCAACUUCGCGCCGUCACCCCCGAGUGCCGCCUUGACCCUGGCAAGCCUAGCCAGGCACCGGCCUUCAUCUCCACCGAUGAGACCAAAUCGGUCGUGGUCAAUGAGGCCGAUUCAACCAAGACGGUGCGGGUCAGCUCCCAGCUGUCGGUCAAAUAG